CGAUCCUCUCUCUCUGUCUCUUGAAUAUGAGCGACCACUCACCAGUUCGUGUCAUCAUUGCAGUUUGUGUGACUAAUAUCCCGGGAGAAAUAGGUUACAGGGUUACGAAGCUUGGCGAAAUGUUCUCUAGAUCUGUGUUGAACCGGCCUCUUCAGCGAGAGAUGUCUGCCACGGUCCGCUUUGAUUAUGCGCAUUUUUUGGAAGGCUUUGACUCGGAAGAACCGGUGACGAAACAUUUUGUUUACGAUUUUAAUGUCAAUGGCGCUAUCACACGGUCUUCGCUCAAGGAUAUACCUCAUCCAUACUACAUCGCCACAUGGGAGGCUGGAGAUACCGUUUGCUUCAUCAAACGGAAGUCUGUAAGCAAUUCACCUGGCGUCAUAGACCGCACCAGUUUUCUACCUUGGGGUGGGCCAGGCUAUUGCGCGUUCCUCGCUGAGCAUGAAACUCUUUUGACUUCCAUUUGAAAAAGCUGGAACUGAAGUACUAGACAGCUUUGUCGUCUAAAAGUACCUAGCAGAAGGGCGACACCAGGUGAGGCGAUAUGAGCACAAUGGUUCCUUUGGAUAUAGUCAUGAGAGGACCCAUGAAACAGUGUUGUAGUUUUGAUGGUCUUCCGAAGACAGUAUUGGAGUCCACCGAGUGCAUACCGAGGAGAUUCUUCAAGGCCCGUUGACGAACACAGGUCAGAAUAGACCUUCGAGACAUGGUUGAACCAUUCAUUCUCUUUUCUGGUAUGAGUUACUUGAAAGCUUGUGACAUGGUAAAUCAAGGGUUUCUAGGCGUCAAGGUCGGAGGUAUCGUUUGCGACGGCGGUUGGAAGGCUCUAAAACCGAGCUAUAGUAUAAACGAGUAAUAGGAUAUAAAUGCC